GUGUGACUGCUGGAUUGAUGAGUGCUCUGUAGCCUGAGCUCUGUCCUCUCCCUGCUCCCUCCAUCUCUCUCUCUCUCUAUGUCUGUAUGAUCAGUUGAUUGACAUGGCCUUCCUCUCUCCCUCUCCCCCUGUGUCUCUACAGGCCAUUCGCUGCACUCUGGUGAACUGCACCUGUGAGUGUUUCCAGCCAGGAAAGAUCCACCUGCGUACAUGUGACCAGUGCAAGCACGGCUGGGUGGCUCACGCGCUGGACAAGCUGAGCACGCAGCACCUGUACCACCCCACCCAGGUGGAGAUAGUUCAGUCCAACGUGGUGUUUGACAUCAGCAGCCUGAUGCUGUACGGGACCCAGGCGGUGCCGGUCAGACUGAAGAUCCUGCUGGACCGUCUGUUCAGUGUUCUGAAGCAGGAGGAGGUGCUCCACAUACUGCACGGCCUGGGCUGGACCCUGAGGGACUAUGUCAGGGGCUACAUACUGCAGGAUGUUGCGGGCAAGGUGCUGGACCGCUGGUCCAUUAUGUCUCGGGAAGAGGAGAUCAUCACCCUGCAGCAGUUCCUUCGUUUCGGAGAGACCAAGUCCAUCGUGGAGCUGAUGGCCAUCCAGGAGAAGGAGGGUCAGGCGGUCACCGUGCCCUCCUCCAAGACCGACUCAGGCAUCCGGACGUUCAUCGAGAGCAACAGCACGGGACGCGGCCGAAGCCCAGGCCUCCUCAACCACAUGGAGACCAGCAGCCCGUCCAGCAUCCACCACUUUGAGAACAUCCCUAACAGUCUGGCCUUCCUGCUGCCGUUCCAGUACAUCAACCCUGUGUCGGCCCCCAUGCUGGGCCUGCCCCCCAAUGGCCUGGCGCUGGAGCAGUCGGGCCUCCGGGGCCUCCAUGACCGGGACCGCGAGGCCAGCCUACCCAACCAGGGCGAGCCGGUGGAGAGCAGCGAGUCCGAAGUAUCCCUCAGCCCUUUCCGCAGCAGCGGUCAGAGCCCCAGCCGCAUCGGAGCCCUGGGGGGCAUGAACAACGCCAUCGAGCCCAAACAGGAGCCCAACAACCGGGCAUCACCCAUCUCGCCCACUCCUUCCAGCCAGCCGUCCCAGCAGCAGACGGAACAACAGCAGCAAGGCCAGCAGCAGCAAGGCCAGGGGCAACCCGGGACCCCACGGCCUAGGUCCAACUCCCUCAAUGACCACCAGGCCCACCACCACUUUGUGAAGAGCGAGCAGUCCAAGAGCAUCACCCACUCAUCCUUCUCCUCUAAGAUGCACCGCAUGCGCCGCAUGGGAGCCACCUCACGCAAGGGCCGAGUGUGCUGCAACUCGUGCGGCAAGACCUUCUACGACAAAGGUACACUGAAGAUCCACUACAACGCGGUGCACCUCAAGAUCAAGCACCGCUGCACCAUCGAGGGCUGUAACAUGGUAUUCAGCUCCCUGCGCAGCCGCAACCGCCACAGCGCCAACCCCAACCCACGCCUGCACAUGCCCAUGCUGAGGAACAACCGCGACAAGGACCUCAUCCGUGGGUCGGGCCCCGGCACGCCCGUCAUCUCCAGCGCCAAGAGCGGCUUCACCCUCACCAGCCCCGGACGGCCGCCUCUGGGCUUCGCCACCCCGCCCCUGGACCCCAUGCUCCAGUCACCCCUGCAGAGCCCACUGGUCUUCCCCUCCCUGAAGUCGGUGCAUCCCAUCCAGCCGGUGCCCCCUUUCUACCGUACGCUACUGUCCCCACAGCACCUGGUCAGUCCUCCAGUGUCACUGCCCACCAGCCCCAUCCUGCCCUCCACCACCAACAGCACCUCUCUGAUGGACCAGCAACAUCAGCUCCUGGCUCCGCCGCGGCCGCAGCCUCCCACAACGCCCACAAUAUGUCCUCUGAAGCAGGAUCCAGCUGCUGCCACCAACACGGACCCCACCCCCAAGAAGAAGCCCCGUAAGUCCAGCAUGCCGGUGAAAAUCGAGAAGGAGGUGAUUGACGUGGCGGACGAGUACGAUGAGGACAAAGAUGACGAUGAUGACGACAGCUGUCACCACCACCACCAUCACCACCACCACCCCUCCUCCCACCUCCACCACAACAACAUCAACGGAAACCGCAACAACAACAACAACAAUAGCAGCGGAGGGAACAACAACGGCCACCACAGUGGCGGCAGUGGGCACCAGUCCCCCUCCCAGGAUGAGAUGAGCCCAGGCCUGAUGAGGGGACACCUGAUGAGGCACGACCAGGACGACUGCCGGGGAGAGGGACCCGGUGGAGAGGGUGGCAGGGGCGAGAGAGGAGGCCCAGGCGGUGAGCUCCGCUGCAUGGACAGUUUCACCUCCGAGGACCAGGACCACGAGAGAGACUUUGAGAACGAUUCGGAGACUUCGGACUCCAAGAUGUUCUACCGCGAGGAGAUGAUGGAGGUGGAGGAGCAGCACCAGAGGCUGAGGCUCAACUCCUCCAGGAGCUCCAGAGUGGGAGGAGGCAACAACCUGGAAAAGGACCAGGAGGACCAGGAGGCCAGAGAUGAGGAGGUGCAGCUGAGGAAGGAGAUGGAAGACCCCAAGAGCCGCUCCUCACCCUCGCCCCACCAGCCCACCAUCAAGAUUAAGGAGGAGCUCAACGACCCCACCUACGACAUGUUCUGCAUGAGCCAGUACGGCCUCUACAAUGGGGGCAUGGCGGCCGCAGCAGCCGCCGCCGCCAGCAUGGCCGCCCUGCACGAGAGCUUCAUCUCCUCCAUGAGCUACGGCGCCAGCCCGCCCAAGUUCCCCUCUUCGCACUCCCCCGAGGGAGAACUGUGCACCAGCCCCAACUCCAACGACCCCAAGAUCUGCUACGUGUGCAAGAAGAGCUUCAAGAGCUCCUACAGCGUCAAACUGCACUACAAGAACGUACACCUCAAAGAGAUGCACGUGUGCACCGUGUCCGGCUGCAACGCCGCCUUCCCCUCCCGACGGAGCAGAGACAGGCACAGCUCCAACAUCAACCUGCAUCGCAAACUGCUUACCAAAGAGCUGGACGACAUUGUCCUGGACCCCCAACUCACGCCGCUGCCCAAGGACCUGCGCGCCGAGUUCCUGGCUAAGAUCUACGCCGGGCACCACUUGGGCCUGGACGCCAUGGCAGGGGCGGGCAUUGGCGGCGCCAGCCUGGGGGGAGGAGGGCUGAACCGUGACGCCAGCUCCCCGGCAGGCACCGAUUAUCCCCACCACCACCCCCUAAACCAUCACCACCACCACCACCCCCACACCAACGGCUUCUACCACCGCGGUGGCCCCCCAGACGACUACAUGGUGCUGGACCUGAGCACCGCGUCCAGUGUUCAGUCCAGCGGAUCAGUCCAUUCAUCACGCCAGUCGGACGAGGGCAGCGAUGAGGGCAUCCUAUUGGACGACCUGGAGGAGGAGGGGGAAGAGGGAGAGUCAGCGACGGGGAGGACUGCUCCCAGCAUACCCCGGGGUCUGACCGGCACCUCCUCCUCGCCGACCAUCCUGUCUUCCACCGGUGGCAGUGGUGGGAUCCUGUGCAGCAUCUGCCACAAAGUGUACAGCAACAAAGGGACCCUGCGCGUGCACUACAAGACUGUGCACCUGCGCGAGAUGCACAAGUGCAAAGUGGCCGGCUGCAACAUGAUGUUCUCCUCGGUGCGCAGCCGCAACCGCCACUCUCAGAACCCCAACCUCCACAAAAACAACGUGCCCCUCACCACCAUGGUAGACUAGCCCAACCCCCUGGCCCCCAUCUGGCCAACUCUACACCCUUCCUCGACUCCCUCCUCACCCCAAACCAUGAGCUCUUACCCCCAGGAACUACACCUUACCACCCUUAGACGUCAUGCACCACAGUUCUCUUUCCCUUCGAUGAGAUCCAGUGACUAUAUACAGUAAGCGUUGUGACUUUUGACCUUUCCUUCUUUGGAAGAACGAGGAUGAGACACUUGAAGUGUCUUUAUUCCAAAAACUGGCCCUGCCAGUUUCCCAUAAACCCCAUUUCCUAUUUCCAUAUGUCUUUGUUUUUGUCCAUCUCCAAAGAAUCUAUUCAAACUCUUAUUUGUGACUGUUGCCUGCAGAAAUGAUAAUAACAAUGAAAAAAAUAUAAAUCUUCUUGUUGUAUUUGUGUAAUGAUAGCUUUUAAAGGAAACCCCAUACAAGAGCAUGACUGCUUCAUUUGUAAAUAAUAUGUCCCAAGAGGCUAUUGGUGUAAAACAAUUGUAUUUGAUGGUUGUUAGCUAUUUUUCUGUUUCUCUUUUUGUUUUUAUGUUACAGUACAAUACUUCCAGCGCUAAGGUAGGCAAGAAAGAGGUAGCAUCUUUACUAGCUUGACUCAUUUAUGUUAGUUUAAAAAAAAAACAUUUUUAAACUGAGAAGGAGAAGAACUAAUGAUCAUGUGACUGGUUGUAUCUACUUGUUAGAUAUGCGGAGGUUGCCGGCAUGCUUUUUUUUUGCUCCUACACCAAUAUCAUUCUCUGUUCUUUUGUUUUUGUUAUCAUUUAUAGCUUUUACUAUACCAAUUCAGUUUUUCGCACUUUGCAACUAUACAAGCGGGAUGUGUAAUAUUAUUACAAGGAGGACUUUGCAAUGGUUGGUUUCCGCGAUGUUCGGGGUCUGAUAGACGGCCAUAGUGCCAAGGGGAAAUGACGAGCAUACUUGUGGCAGUUUAUUUUUUUUUUGCACGUGUUCAGUUUCAAAAACGCUAUUUCACAACAAAAGACCCAUAUUUGUCCUGAAUGAAACCCAACAUCCGGCCCAUUUACUCAAAUAAUCUUAUUCAGAAAAAGUCUAAGUAUUUCUACUCUACCAGAUACAGUAACGUGACUGACUACAAUACAGCUGCUGUUUUUGAAGGCAGAAGAUUUAAGUAUUGAGGAAUUUUGUUUGUGUUAUUUUCAUUUCAAGAAGUGUAAACCCAGUGUGUGACUAAUAUCACAGUACAGCUACAGAGGUUGAAGUAGGCUAAUCUUUCUACUGCAUGUGGUAUUUGUGACCUAAAACAAGCGUUGGUUGAGUGUCCUAUUAUUUUAUACACGUUUCCAUGCAAAAAAUGGCCGUCCUAUCAGAAGUAUUGUGAAUGUCACAUUGAUUAUAAAACAAAGAAAUAGUCCUUAAACUGUGACCAAAACAAAAAGAAGCAUUGGUUUUUAAAACAAACUAUAUUUUCCCGCCAUACAGUUGUACUUUAACUUACACCCCAUAAAUUGAUAUGAUGCACUUGAGUCUUAAGCCUUUUGCUAGAUUUUUUCGGUAUUGAUUUCCAUUGCUGAUUGUCAGCUUCAAACGUGAACUCUGUGAAACUCUGUCGCCAUUGCCUGGCUGUUUUCGGAGUUAUUUGCAGCCAUUUUCCUUGUUUCCAUACACAUCUUAAGGUACAAAUAUUUCAGAUAACUAGGCAAAGUAGCCAGGGGGAGGUGUAUUUAUUGGCGGGUGAUAUUAUCUUGAUGCAGAUGUCUUGUCCAAUAUGAAUUCCUUUUUUUUUUCAAGAAAAGAAAAAAAGAAAGACAGAUCGGUCUCCAUUUUGAGUCUGGUCCCUUGAGUUGAUGGUUAUUAUUGUGUUUUUGUCGUGUUACUAUGGAUGUGAAAAAAUUGAGCGCUCCUCUUUCUUGAUUGGUGCUUAUCUUAAGGGGAUAAAAACGCAGUGUUACGUGGUAUACAGUAUUCAAACCCCCGUUAUAUCCAUUAAAGUGUUGGACAUUUUUUUUUUUAUGACUAUUUUGCAAUGGGCAUGAUCGACCCUUUGAUGGACACGUUGGCGUAAACUCUUAAGACUUAGCUUCUCCUCUCUCCUCACUUAACCAGCCUCCACGACACUGGCAGCAGUCUUCACCCCUCUCCUCUCUGAAGAGAGAGCUGAUCUGAGUGAAAGGGGUUGCGGAGGUGGAGGGCUGACUUGAGAGGAAGAAGGGAUGACAGUGAGUAUCAUUAAAAAUGUGCUGUUCCACCGUUACCUGGAGGCCUUCUGACGCUGAUCUGUCUAAUAACUCACUUGUCACUUCAUUACACCGCCAGACGUGAAUGUUGCUGACAGGACUGUGACGCCGACAGAGAUUCAAACCGGUCUCCCGGUCUCUCUCUUUCACCUUGUUCUCUCUCCCUCCCUGAGAGAAACCACUCCCGCCCUCCUCCUCUUCCCCCUCAACCCACCACUCACCCCCCUCCCCUCCUUCUCGGGUCCUAUAGGGACACCGACUAAUAGUGUACGCUUAAGUUCACUGGACGGCCAUCGCCGUAGAAAAAGAAUGUGUAAUUGCCUGUUUAUCCCAGGUGAAGGAAAAACUUUGUACAGGAACCUUCGGCUACUCCCUGGAGUGGCACUGAGGCGCAGCCUGCCUCAUUUGCUCAGCGCACCGUACUGCACCUUACCGCCACGGGCCCAGCCGGAGAAGUACAAAAGUGUCACUCCAGGAACCCUGCUGACAGCUGUCUCUCUCACACACACACACACACACACACACACACACACACACACACACACACACACACACACACACACACACACACACACACACACACACACACACACACACACACACACACACACACACACACACACAUCCUGCUAACAGGCCAAUGGGGAUGACAGCAACAAGAGGACUUGUUAACCUCUGGUGAUGGGCGGGAAACAAGGAAACCCCGAGGCAGAGAGAGGGGGAGAGAGAGAGAAAGAGAGGGAAAAAGAGGGAGAGCGAGCUCAUCCACGGUCCAUCACUCUAUGUAAUAAAGCAGUCUGUCCAACGUUAGCAUUUCAGCCAUGUCACUGCAGGGCACGCUAGCGUUUCAUUAGGGAGAACAGUGUAAUGUAGCAUUGAGUUGGACCUCAAUGGACUGCACUGAGAGCAGUUGAGAAAGAAGGUGGAAAGGGGAAACCAAGUCAGUUGUCCAACUGAACGUAUUCAACUGAAAUGUGUCGCAUUUAACCCAACCCCUCUGAAUCAGAGAGGUGCGGAAGCCCCUCUUUGAAAGUGUUCGAUAGCUUACGAUGAAUACCGUGGAUAUAAAAGAACUGGGAGAAAGCUUGGGAAGGCCAAUCCGUCUGGUUUGGAAUCAACACGCAGUCUAUUGAGGAACAUGAGACUAACAAGCUAAGAGUAGUCUUAACUAACGCUGCUGUGGCCAGUGACCUUAGCCUGCCCGGUUAAACCUCACAACCUGAUCUGAUGACAAAGAAACAGCAGAACCCAAACUCUUAAACAUUCCUCUUGUCCUAUUCAAUGUUGCAGACCUCUCAAGCAGCCAGGGAGCUCAAUCAGUGACCUGUGUAUGUUAGUGUGCCAGAGAGAGAUUACAUUCCCUUACACUGACUCCUCAUCUCUAGCCCCUCUGUCUCUUACUCGAUGGCCAUGCCAGCAUGCCACGGCUUUUAGAGAGAGCUUGCAAAUGAGCUGAGAAAACUGCCCUGAUACGCAAAAGACUGUCCAGAACAAAAUAGCCAGACUAGAGGAUAGGGAGAGAGAAAGGAGAGCCGAGGGACUGGUCUGAGAUGGAAAGCGGUCCUCCUGGGACCUGCGGCAGUCACUUAACAAGGCAGGAGAGAUGGAGAGAAGCAGAGAGAGCGAGAAAGCCGUGCCGGCCUUCUUGACUGUCUGGAAAGCGAUGGAGCCCCCUGACAUUUCCACUCUUCUCCCUCUCCUCCUUCACGGGAGACAUUACAGUACAUUUUCUCCUCUCUUCUUCGAGAGGGCCUGACCCCUCAACCUCCCUCCCUCUUUCUGUCCAUCUUUAGCCCACUAGGGUCCAAGGACAGAGCCUAGUGGUCAGGCCGAUGGGACCAUUAUUGUCCUGGCUCGGUCCCCAGGAGGAGAAGGCCUCUUAAAACCCUCACUGGCCAGCUUGAGUGGAGUGAGCCUUUAAUAUUUCAUUAGGGGACUCUUGACUGCCAAAUGUCAGUUUCCCCACAACACACCAUCACUGAAAGAGAGAAAGCGAUGGAGAGAGGGAAGGAGAGAGAUGACAAUGGAGCAGGUGGGGUUGUCUAGUGAUCCGUUAUGUAUGGUAUACCCGUGUCCACUUUGUUUAAGUCUGUGGAGAGCAGGGUAGGACGUUAACCCAGUGUAAGUGGAGGGGGAUGUUUGCGAGCUGUCUGGUUAACGUCAUCCAUCUUGAAAAAUACAUGUGGCGAGGCUCAAAAGACACAUGGGAAGAUUGGUGGUUUUACAGAUGAUACGCUGUGGUCCAACAUUAUCCUCGGAACUUGGUAACAGCAAUUCUACAGUAAAUUAUCCUGGAACAAAUAAAAACAUGCAGAAAUGCAUAAAAUGUGCUUUUUACCCAUAUGUUGUAUUUAACAAAAGAACAUUUCACAAUCCUUAACAUUAUAGCAAGUCACCCCAAACUAUUUACCAACAUGCCAAUCUUACUUUUUUAUAUAUAAAUAAGCUCAAAAGACUUUGUGUACAUUUUCUUUUCCACAGUGAUGUUUUUGUGUAGCUGUCUGGUUCUCUUUGUGCUAAACGGCUGUGUUACCGCUCUGCAACCAGAGGCCUGCAUCUCAAUCAACUCUUAUUUUCACUGCCUGGCAUAGCAGCAUUGCUACAGUCACACCGCAGCAUCUACAACAGGGGAAGCUUGCAUCACUCCUGAUUUCAUAAUGGUGACAUUGGCAGCUUCAUGAAUACUGUAUGUCUCCUAAAACAGGUUUUUCCCAUUAGCAGACUGGAGGAGAAAAAAGGUCCUCUUUCUUAAUUGAUUUUGUUUUGUUGCUUUCCUUGUAUUUUUCUGUAUCAUAACGGUCUAUGGUUUUUGCAUAAAAUGCAUAUGGGUUUUGGGAUGUAAAUGGAAUUUUAUUCAUAUUUUGUCCAAAUACCUCUUGUAAUUUGUAUCAGAAUUCUUGUACAAUUUUUAUAUUAAAGAUUUAUCAGUCACUGGCAAUCUGACGCCACGUU